AUGUCCUUUCGAAACGACGAAGGCCGCCGGUACGGGCAUGUCCCGCCGGUCCAGUAUCCCGUCGCUGGCCAGCAGCCCGCAGAGCAGCCCGGCAUGACCCGCCAGGCGAGCUUCAACUCUGGCGACGACGGCACCUACUACGACGGCCACGCCCAGGGCCGCUACGGCGCCGCCUCGACGCACCGGCCGUCUGCCAGCGCCGGCGAGGACGACCUCUUCAUCUCGAGCCCGGCCAACUACCCGCCCGCCCGGCCAGCGCCUGGCUCGUCUGCCAGCACGGCCAUGGCCGGAUACGCUCACCAGUACCAGCAGGAGCAGCCGCCGCCGACGCCCACGCACCAAGUCUACAACCCGCAGACGUUUGCCCAGCCGUCCAACUUCCACCGCUCCCAGUCGACCAACGUGCCGUACCACCACCAGUCCGUGGCGUCGCGAUACUCUGCGUCCUCGUCCGGCUCCAACAACGCAUACGGCAGCCCCUCGCCGACAAACUACGCCCCUCAGGCGUACAACCCCGCCGCCUACGCUCCCACGGCGCCGCAGCGUCACACCUCAUACCAUGGAUACAGCAACAGCCAUGAUCAGCCUUACGGCACCGGCGCUGGGCAGCCGUCGCCAUCCUUCCCGCCCCAGUCGCCAGGUGUGCCGUAUCCCACCCACUCGCCGACACGAUCCCCCUCGUACCAGCAGACGAUGCCCACCAGCCCAUCUUCGUUCGCCAUGUCAGGGUCCCAAUCGCAGUCCUCGGCAUACGCCUCUCCGGGCUACGGCGCUCAGCAUCAGGCGUACGGCUCCAACGGCGGCAGCCCGAGCCCUGCUGCUUUCUCCAACUCGCAAACCCCAUAUCCGACGACCUCCCAUAUGCCAGCGUACCCCACCGAAGGCGGUGUUUACCAUACCCGCUCUACUCGAUCAGACUCUCAGGGUUCUUCGCUGGCCUCGCCGUAUAUGCCGCCUCUGGGAUCUCCCGGGAUAAUCAGGCACCCGACCAAUGCCCCUCUACCCAGUCGGCCCAUGGCCGAUCUGCCCGAAGAAGCAACUCCAUGGGACGCCAACGGCCGCCCGCUUCCCCAGCCCCAUCGCGAUUACCGCGACGGCGAGCCCUUCGACCAAGAGAGCAUUAUGCAGGAGAUUGAAGCUGAACUAGGAAGGGGAGAUGGCCGGACAGAACCUCGCCCACUCCCCUCUCCUAUCCCGUCAAACGGCCAGCUGACGCUCGCCCACCGGACGUCCAGCAGGGCAGCGCCUCAAGCCAUCUACGAUGAAGGAGAUGACUCUGAUGAUCUGGAGGGUGCUGCCGGCGUGCUGGCGAUGCAGCAAGCCGAGCUGGAGGAAAGACGGUUCAGUGGAAGCACCUUUGUAUAUAACGAUGCGCCCACCAUUGCGCACCCGCCGCAGUCCAACCCUCUGCCUCCACCGCCCGAAGAACAGGAUCAGAGCAGCGACAGUGAUUAUGGAGGUUUCAUGGACCUGGGGGGUCUCAGCGGAGGUUACGCAGGUCAGCUCACAUACGGGAAUGAGGUUGGGCAUUACGGGGCGUCUUCCUUUUCCCCAGCAUCCUCACGGCCUUUACCAACGCCAGGGCAAAGUCGACCCGCCGAGGUGGAUUACGGGGGCACUGGCGGCCUGCAGGCUCCUCGUGCCAAGCGACUCAGCUUUGACGAAGGCGACGAGAGAGUCUCCAUUCACUCGCACCGCAGCGGAGCAGAGUCACCCACCAAGGACGAUUAUGACGACCUCUUCUAUCAUCCAGGCCUGACGAACCGGCCGCUGCCAUCUCUCCCUCCGGCCCCAGGGUCCGACACCAGCUCCAUGACGUCUGGACAGCUCACCGGCCGCACCGCCUAUCAUACGUAUACCAGAAGCACAGACUCGAGGAGUCAACUCGAUAGUCCAGAGACCUUUUACACCGUACCCUCUACCUAUUCGCAUCAGCCCGAGAGAUCAGUGUCGCUGGCUGGGUACAGUCACACGCCGCAAGUGCAAGCACCUGCGAGGUCACGGACUGAUGCGGCUGAGGAGCGCAGGAAGUUGGCCAGGCAGCAGCAGGUGCCAGUAGGGCUACCAAUCACCGAAUAUGAGGCCGGGAUGACUCCUCCGGUAGGAGGCUUCGAUAGCAUCACCCUCCCCUCUGGCGGUAGGAAGAAGAAGUUUAUCCCAUCGAAGCUGACGCCCGCCGACUUCAGGCGAUGCCCAGAGCCCUGGGCGCUCAGUGGCAUUGAGGCCUGGGUCCGUGAGAUGGCUGAAGGGGAGCUCGACCUAAGAGAAAAGAUUGUUGAGGAGGCACUCACCAUCAUGUUCACUUUCAAAGUCCCAACUAUGAACGUCGCUGAUGCCGAGGCCCUCAGCUCCACUGUGCUCGCUUACAUGCUUCGUUACGGCGUCCUUCUGCCCGACGAAGAAUGGGUCAAGCUCGGUUCUGGCCACAUCUCGGGAGUUUUGUGGCAGUUGACCGGCUCAGGGUGCUAUGCGCCCAAGCUACAUGAGACGGAGAUCCACGGGCGUUGCUAUUCCACCCAUUGCAUGCGCACCCUCAAGAAGGUGGACCUCGAGGGCUUGACGGAGAAGCCGGCGGACGACUGGCACGUCUUUUACAAGUUGACCAAGGAGGACAUCGAAUCCCGGCCAAAGAAGGAGGUGGAGCGCCAAAACAUCUUGCACGAAAUCGUCACCGGCGAGGAGACCUACAUCAAGCAGCUGGACAUCUUCCGCACGCUGUACAGAGACGACCUGCGCGCAAGAGAGCCGCCCAUUAUCCGCCCUGAGAAGCGUGACAAGUUCCUCUCUGCCGUCUUUGGAAAGCUCGAUACAGUCUUGCGCAUCAACAAAGACCAUCUCCUGGCGCAACUCAAGUACCGACAGCAGGAGCAGGGUCCAUGGAUCGUCGGCUUCAGCGACAUCUUCCGAGAGUGGAUUCGCAAGGCCAAAAACGACUACAUUGAGUAUGCGACCGCAUAUCCUCGGGCCGCCUACAUGAUUCGCAAAGAAGCUAGUCGAAACAUUUUGUUCAAGCAGUUUCUGGAGGACAAGCAGAAGCACAAGUCUUCCCUGAAGCAAGACUGGACCCAUUUCCUCAUCACUCCGCUGCAGCGUCUCCAACGAUAUAUCCUCUUACUUGAAACGGUGGAGCGCAAGAUGCCGGGGGAAAGCGAGGAGAUGACAAACCUCAAGAAAGCCAUUGAGGAGAUUCGAGUGGUCACGUUGGAAUGCGAUGCCAAGGUCGCCGAGACCAACAAGAGGGUGGAGAUGAUGGAGCUCGAUCGAAUGCUCAUUCUACGCCCGGGCAUGCAAUCUGUGCUGAACCUGGACCAUCUUGGCAGAACCCUGAUCAUUCAGGGUGAUCUGCAGAGGCUGAGCUCAAGCGGCAUCAAAUGGGUCGACACGCACGCCCUGCUGUUUGACCACUAUCUGAUUCUGGCAAAGCUGGUUGUUGCAAGAGACACCGGAGAAAAGAAGUACGAUGUUUCCAGAGAGCCUAUCCCGAUGCCCCUUUUGUUUCUGGAGAGUAUGAACGAUGAACCCGUCAUCAAGCAAAAGGGCAUUACGGCUCCCUUAGCUAGGACAACUGCCGUAGGGCCGGCAGCUGGAUCAACAACGCAGCUCAGCAAAGUGGCAACCAACAGCACCGCUCGACCAGGCCUGGAGCACACAGCGACGAAUUCCACGACUGGUUCGGCGACGACGCUCACGCCGACCCCGUCCAGCGAUGUUGAAGGCAAGAUUCUUUACCCCUUCAAGAUCAAGCAUCUGGGUUAUGAGGUGUACACGCUGUAUGCGUCGUCCGCCCGAGACCGGGCAGAGUGGUGCUCAAAGAUUGUGGAGGCGAAGACGAUGCACGCAAAGGCCCUCUUCUCCCAGAACGCGGAGCCUUUUAGGCUGCGUGUCCUUGCCGACGCUGCCUUUCACUACGACAUUAGCUCUCCUCAUGCUAGAUCUGCCGGUGUUCCUGUCAAGGGGACACCGCUUGACCGAGCAAUUCAAGAAUUGGAAGACGUGCUCGGCUCCGCACAGGGUGUCGCCCCCGUGUGCCGUGCCCAGGUGAACUGCGCCACGGCCUUUUCAGCAUUUGGCAAGGCCGUCAUUGCGAUUGGAACAGACUACGGCAUCUACAUUGCCGAUCCUUCGAAUCCACGCGGCUGGACCCGAACGGUUCAGAUCGCCAGGGUUACGCAAAUCGCGGUUCUGGAAGAGUUCAACGUGUGCGUUGUCAUUGCUGACAGGUCGCUGAUCUCGUAUCCGUUGGACGUGAUAGCCCCUGUUUCCGAGUACGCUCCGCCGGUCAAUGACAACCCUAGAAGGGCUCCCCAGAGACUGGCCAAGGAUGUCACAUACUUUGCCACGGCAAGAAUGAAGGACAGGACGCUACUGUUCCACAAGAGAAAGGAAGGGUUGAACACGAUGUUUAAGGUUCUGGAGCCCAUUCUGCAGAAGUCUUCGGAGAAAAAGUCGCGGUUCUUCGGCAGAGGCAAGGGCGCCUCUGGAAGCACCGAGACGUUCCGCGACUUUGACGAGUUCUUCUUCCCCACGGAAUGCUUCGGCCUGAGUUUAUUCCAGACCUAUGUCGCCGUCUCCACAGCCAAGGGAAUUGAAAUGUUGACGCUCGACAAGAAGCAGCCUAUCUCCAUUCCGGAUCUGAAGCCGCAGGCAAUUGCCAAUAUUGCCGAUCGUAUUCGACAGCAACAUCCCCUGGGCAUGUUCCGGCUGAACGAGAACGAGUUCAUCCUUACGUACGAAGACUGCGCUGUGUAUGUCGACAAGCAUGGUGAGAUUAGCAGGACUCUCAUCAUGGAAUACACGGGCAAGCAUAAGAAGGCCAAGGGCGCAACCAUGUACGGCCAGUACCUCAUCCUGUACAAUGAGGACUAUGUCGAGGUCCGGAAUGCAGACAACGGCCGGCUACGGCAGAUUAUUGCUGGACGCGACGUGCGCAUCAUUGACUUUGGGGUGCGAGGACCGACGGGAGACAACGCGGCUCAGGCGGCACAGGUGUAUGGGCACAAUGGUGGACUGUCGACAGCCGGUGACAUCUCCAAGGGGACGGUCAAGAUUGCCAUGUCACACCCGGAGCUGCCAGGAAGACAAAUCAUCCUGGAGAUGCUUCUUAACGACGGGCAUACCGACUAA